GUUUACAUGGUGCGCUGGGAGCAGCUUUACCAGAUGUUAGUUCACACUUAUUCAGCCAUGGACCGUCCUGAUGGGCUGAACGGGAGCUCCACGGGAGGCCGCCUCUCCCAGCUCUCCUCCCUGAACCAGGCGGCUUAUUCCUCGGCCCCCCCGCUCUGCCACACGCCGGCCUCGGACUUCCAGCCCCCCUACUUCCCGCCGCCCUACCCGCAGCCCCCCAUGCCCUACUCGCAGAGCCAGGAGGCCGGCUACCCACACCUCGGGGACCCGUACAGCGCCAUCAACCCCAUCCACCAGCACCAGCAGCCCGGCUGGCACUCGCAGCGGACCCGGCAGGAGGAAGCUGGGCUGCUCUCCCAGACCCACCGGGCGCUGAGCCUGGAUCCCCGCCGGGAAUACCCGGGAGUCCCCCGCCUGCUGCACGGGCUGGCCGAUGGGGGCCACGGGCUUGGAGACGGGCCGCUGGGCCUCCACGGACUCGGACAUCCCAGCCUCGAGGACAUCCAGGCAGUGGAUGAGGCUGGGCUGAAUUUACUGGAUCAGUCGGUGAUCAAGAAAGUGCCCAUCCCCUCAAAGGCAAACGGCACCACCAUCUCUGCCCUGUCGAUGAACAAAGACAGUUUGAUUGGUGGGGUGACAAAUCCCAAUGAGGUCUUCUGCUCCGUGCCUGGCCGGCUCUCCCUUCUCAGCUCCACCUCUAAGUACAAGGUGACCGUCGGGGAGGUGCAGAGAAGGCUCUCCCCACCAGAGUGUCUCAAUGCCUCUCUUCUCGGAGGAGUCCUCAGAAGGGCAAAAUCAAAAAAUGGUGGAAGGUGUUUAAGGGAAAGAUUAGAGAAAAUAGGCUUAAAUCUACCUGCAGGAAGGCGUAAAGCUGCCAAUGUCACUUUGCUGACGUCAUUGGUGGAAGGCGAAGCGGUUCACCUGGCCCGGGAUUUUGGUUACGUGUGUGAAACAGAGUUCCCAGCGAAGGCAGCAGCGGAAUACCUGUGCCGUCAGCACUCCGAUCCCAGCGAACUCCACACCCGGAAAAACAUGCUUCUGGCUACCAAGCAAAUUUGUAAAGAGUUUGCAGACUUGAUGGCCCAGGAUCGUUCUCCACUUGGGAACAGCCGCCCGUCUCUCAUCUUAGAGCCAGGUGUCCAAAGCUGCUUGACUCACUUCAGCCUGAUAACCCACGGCUUUGGGGGCCCAGCUAUCUGCGCAGCACUCACAGCCUUCCAGAACUACCUGGUGGAGUCCCUCAAGGGGUUGGAUAAAAUGUUCAUGAACAGCACAGGGAAUGGGCAUGCAGCUGGAGACUCUAAAACAUCAGAGAAAGAAGUGAAGCAUAGGAAAUAA